GUUGGUUCCAUGCAGAGAAAAAUAAGGUGUACGAAGAUUGGAGCUGCAGCAGAGGAGGCAACAUGAAACUAUAAUCACAUCACACACAUAGCCAGUCUACAUUACCAGAAACAUAAUCAUUACUACUUGUAUUAUUUUCACUAUUCAAUAGAGAAGUCUAAAACUCCAGCUUGUAAUUCAGCACACUGUGUUCCCAUGAUGUCAUACCUGUGGAUUCUCCUGCUGGGCAGUUUAGUGAUUGGAGCCAAGACACAAGAAGACCCUGCUACUGAGCCAGAAGCGAAGGAACCAGAGGCAGAAGCAGCAGAGCCCGAGGCCCCUGCAGAAGAAGUAGCUGCCGAGGAGGCCCUGGUAGCUGAGGAGGCUCCGGCAGAAGAAGACGCUCCGGCAGAAGAAGAGGAGGAGGCUGCAGAGGAGGAGGUUCCGACAGUUGAGAAGGCUCUGGCAGAAGAAGACGCUCUGGCAGAAGAGGCUCCAGCCACAGAGGAAGAGGAGGCUCCGGCCACAGAGGAAAAGGUUCCGACAGUUGAGGAGGCUCCGGCCACAGAGGAAGAGGACACAGAAGUAGUAGACGAACCAGCAGUAGAAGCAGAGGCAGCCCCUGAAGCUGAGGCUGAACCAGAUGAACUAGAUCUGUCUGAAGCUGUUGAACCAGUCCUUCCUUUUACAGAGGCAGAGCCUGAAACACCAGCAGAGAGCGAGCCCACGGAGGAGAAGACAGGGGGAGAUUUGGAUCUGGAGGACGCUAUAGCUGAGAAUGAGGAAGACACACCCGCGGGUGGGAAGAGGCGCAGCGGGGGCUCAGUUGCCCAUGCAGCAGAAGCAGAAGGCACAGCUGAAACUCAAGGGUCUAGCUCUGGCUCGGUGGUGGGCAUUCUGUGUGCUAUCGGCGUGGCGAUCGUUGGAGCUGCCACCGGAUACUUCACCUAUCACAAGAAGAAGCUCUGUUUCAAGAACAGUGGAGGGGAUGUAGAGAGUGCCCGUAAGGAGGAGGCUGAGACCCAGUCGAAUCCCCAAGUUCUCAGCAACUUGCUGACUAAAUCCUCCUAGAUCGUCUGAGAUUCCAAUGGAGAAGAACCAGGACCAGCAGUUUACCAUAACACAUACGCACACACACACAUGCACACGUGUGCACACACUCAUACACAGAUCCAUCCCAAUCUUUAGGCCUUAAACUGAUUAUAGUUGUAAAACUGUGAGAUAGUGGUUUGGAGGUUAUGAACGUUCAGCACCACGUUAGAGUGAAACCAAUCAGUAGUAUCUCAGUGUCUUCUAAAGAUCACAUUUGUAAUCUGUUAAAAAUGAGGUGAUAUUUUCUGUCCACUUAACAGCACCGAGACAAUGUAGGCCUAUUUCUCUGUAUACAAGUACUGGGAAGUUCACCUGGGUACCUCAUUUUAGCUAACAUUCCACUCCUUGCCACUCCUGUCAUUUGCCAAAGAGACUGGCUUAUCGACGUUCCUAAAGCUCAAAAUGCAAACCGGAUUUACAAUUACAUUGUGGUUGGAGGAUAACUGUGACGGUUAUCGAAUCAGGAUCAAAUCCUCUGAUCUUCUCAAGCUCAUAAUGAUAGAAUGUUCAUAUUUGAAGAUUGCCGAAAGACAAUGAAUACAAGGAGUGGCAUGUAAUUGGCUGAACAGCAACCAGGCUACAGUUCCCAGAUUAUUUUGGAUAAAAUGGACCCUCCUUUAUUUGAAAUGUUAACGUUGUUUGGUUCUUUACAAGGAUUUAGGGUUUGAUUUAAUCCGUAGUGCUGAAGAUCCAUGAUGUAAUGCUGAUCUUCAGUGCUACAGAUUGAAUCAGGCCCUUACUGUGUGUGCUGUAGCCAACUCUUCUAGCCUGGUUUCAUACUGUAGCCAACUCUUCUAGCCUGGUUUCAUACUGUAGCCAACUCUUCUAGCCUGGCUUCAUACUGUAGCCAACUCUUCUAGCCUGAUUGUCAAGCCAUACCUGUUUUGUGUGACAAUGAAGGAACUCAGAGAGGAGUUGGCCAAAGCACCAAAAGACUGGAACACCAGGCUAGUAGUGUUGUUCUGUGAAAGCUGGUUAGAGGAAGCUAUGUGAGAGCUGGUACGAGGACAGAAGAUAUCACCCCUGUUGUGUGUUUGCUGGGUAUUUGAGGGGCUUGGGGACCUUGUCUAAAAUACAACAACGUAUGAGAACAUUUAGCUCUAUUGAAAUGUUCAAAUAGUAUGUGUUACAAUAUAAUGCUGUACUACUCUGUAAGUGCCUUACAUUAGAUGCCUCACCUGGGAAGCCUUUUUAUGAUUCUAUCUCACUACUAAGGCCAGUCUGAAAUGGCUCCCUAUUCCCUCUAUAGUGGAAUACUUUUGAAGCCCUGCUAUAAAGGGAAUAGGGAGCCAUUUCAGACACAGCUCUAGACUCAGGCACGGGUCUCCAACUGCCCACCCAGCAGCUAUCCAGGAUCAGAGUUGGAGAACCCAGUGCCUGCUUAACGCUACAGGGUCCACCCAAACAGUACUGUGCUGGCCAGCAUAUUUUCUUUUCACAUUAUUCUUUCCAACAUGGGUUCAGCAACUAUGGGAGAUGUGUAACUGGGCAAGCCCAGUACAGCUUGGUUUGGCGCAGUAGUGUGAAAAGGGUAUACGACUGUAUGCAGUAUAACCCUGGGCAGGAGUCAGCCUGGGAGGAGCUCACCACUGAACACACAGUAAGAAUGUUCCAGUUCACAGUGAAAGACUGUGAGACUCUUGGAGAAGCAAUUUCUAAUUAGCCUGGUCCCAUGAUCUGUAUGUGCUUUAGCCAACUAACUACUCUGAAUAUCAUUGUCUUGACAAUACUUAUUUUGGAGAAUAACUUUCCUCUCCAAAAGAGUUCAUGGUAAGUGUAAUGAUGAUACGGUGGUAUACAGAGUACUCCACUCUUAUAUUUAAUGAAUCUGUCUUUGUUAUCGUGUGUUUGAGAAUUGUGUGAUUUUAAUCCUUUAGCACAUAUUUCUUUUUGAAUUGUGUAAAUAAUGCUGGAGAUAGAAAUAAAGGAGCUGUUCAGGGGGAA